UCCUGAAUUAAUUUUUCAUUAACACACCUUGUUGUAAAAUAAAAAUACAAGAAAAAUCAAAGGAUCUCCCUUUUCUCUCUCCUACCUCUUCCUUCUCUUUCUGUACUUUGUCUCUAUAAGCAACCUAACCUAAAACUGUGAAGACGCCAUAAUUUUUUUUGUUUGUUAAUUUACUACUAAAAAGAAAGAUUCUUUUUUGUUUAAUUUUUCUUUUUCAAUUUUCCCCACCAAAAAAAUUCCUAAAAUCAUCUUUUAUAACAUUCAGAUUUACAAUUAAACCAAGCAAGAUUUUUCUCCAACCAGUCAAUCUACCAAUUUAUUCUUCUCGAAACUAAGGACGUUUAUUCAAUGCCCAAAUUGAUGUGACUGUACAUGUUGGUUUCUCCACAUAGCUGAAAAUGGCAGUUCAGGCUUGUAUGAACCCAAAACACAUUGCAGAGGAUACUGAUGAUGAUGAGCCCUUAGUUUUUACUAGAAGAAAACCUAAUCAAAUAAAUUCAGAAUUAAAGAAUUCUUCAUCAUCAGUGAAACCUGAUAGACAGCCAGGGAAGUCGGGUUCUGAUGUUCGAACCCUGAAUGAUCGUAGUUCUAGUGUCUUGAAGGGGAAAACGAUUUCAUCUCCGAAGCCAUCAUCUUCAAAGCCUGCUCUUGGAACAAUAAAAUCUCCACCUCCACCCUCCAGGCCUCAAAAGUCUCCACCUCCGCUCUCCGGGACCCAAAAAUCUCCACCGGCACCCUCCAGGCCCCAAAAAUCACCACCUUCAUCAAAUAGACCUUCUCCAUCUCCACCACAAUCCAGAGCACCGCCUGUUAAGUCGCCUUCCUUAAAUGGGGCCUCUUCGGCAAAUCACCAGCCAAAGAGGGAUAUUCCAGUUAAAGAAGAGAAGCGUGCUCCCAUUGCAGUUAAAGAGGAAAAGCCUGUUAAAGUUGAAAAUGACGAGUCUGAUGAUUCUGAUGAUAAUAAGCCACUUAGUGCUAGAUGUUCAGUUGGGUCACAGAAGGGGAAUUGCAAUGUGGCUGAUGUGGAAGUCAAGCCUUCCAAUAGGGAUCUCGUGGAUUCUGAUGAUGAGAAGCCGCUGAGUGCUAGGAUGGAUAAGGGGAGGGAUACUGCUGGAGCAUCUCAGACUCAAAAAUUAAAGGGCGUGAAUGUGAAAUCAGCCAAAGAUUCAGAUGAUGAAAAGCCUUUGUCAUCUAAAUAUCAGAUGAAAAGUACCAGUGGGACAUCUUCUAGCAAAUAUGAUGAUUUUGAUGAAGAUAAGCCCUUGGCUCGUAAGAUAGUACAACAAAAUGGAUCUAUUAAGAGGGACACUCAAAUCGGGAAGCUGCCUCUCAGCUCAGGAAAAAGGCCUUCAGCAGAGGCCUCUGCUGGUCAAUCUUCUACUAAAAAGGCAAAGCUUUCGGAUGUAUCCACCUCAGAUAAAGCUAAGCAAAUGCCUGUUAAAGCAAGGGCCAAAGAUGAUGAUGAUCACGUUCCUAUAGGCCAACGGAUCAACAAAGCUGCGUCAGCAAGUAAAUCCACGCCAAUGAAGAAGGUCAUUAGAGUUGACUCUUCCAAAUUGAAGAAAGUCAAUAAGAAAUCAAAGAAAAUAAUGAAGAAAUCGAAAUUCUCAAAGUCUUCUAAAGAGCUGCCUAAUUCAGGUGAUGGGCAGAAAUGGACCACUCUAGUUCAUAGUGGUGUUAUUUUUCCUCCUCCAUACCAGCCUCAUAGGGUUAAGAUGCUGUAUAAUGGCAAACCAGUUGACCUCACACCUGAGCAGGAGGAGGUUGCAACUAUGUAUGCUGUUAUGCUUGAGACAGAUUAUGCAAAGAAGGAAAAAUUCAAUGAGAACUUUUUUAGUGAUUGGAAGAAACUUCUCGGGAAGAACCAUGUGAUACAGGAUCUUAACAAGUGUGAUUUUAGGCCAAUACAUGAAUGGCAUUUAAGUGAGAAAGAGAAAAAGAAACAGAUGAGCUCCGAAGAAAAGAAUGCAAUAAAAGAAGAGAAAUUGAAACUAGAAGAGAAAUAUAUGUGGGCUAUUGUGGAUGGUGUCAAAGAAAAGGUGGGCAACUUUAGAGUUGAGCCUCCUGGGCUGUUUAGGGGCCGUGGCGAGCAUCCCAAGAUGGGGAAACUUAAAAAGCGUAUCUAUCCAAGUGACAUUGUUAUAAAUAUAGGAAAAGAUGCUCCGAUUCCAGAAUGUCCUUCCCCUGGUCAGAGCUGGAAAGAAGUAAGGCAUGACAACACAGUUACAUGGUUAGCUUAUUGGAAUGAUCCCAUAAACCCGAAAGAGUUCAAGUAUGUAUUCUUGGCAGCUAGCAGUACCAUGAAGGGGCAGAGUGACAAGGAGAAAUAUGAGAAAGCAAGGAAGUUGAAGGACUACAUUGAAGGUAUUAGAUCGGCAUAUACAAAGUCUUUUACAAGCAAAGAUAUGGCCAGGCGACAGAUAGCUGUUGCUACCUAUCUCAUUGAUAGACUUGCUCUAAGGGCGGGUAAUGAGAAGGACGACGAUGAAGCAGAUACUGUUGGUUGUUGUACAUUGAAAGUGGAAAAUGUAACACCAAAACCACCAAAUAUAUUGGAGUUUGAUUUCCUUGGUAAAGAUUCAAUCAAGUACUACAAGCAAUUUGAAGCGGACCCUCUUGUCUACAAAGCUAUUGAGCAGUUCAGAGAAGGGAAGCGGGAUGGUGAUGAUCUCUUUGACAAGUUGGACACCAGCAAGCUGAAUGCUCAUCUAAAAGAACUAAUGCCCGGUCUCACUGCAAAAGUAUUCCGUACAUUUAAUGCAUCUGUCACUUUGGAUAAAAUGCUUGCUGAAGGGGCUGGAAGUGGAGAGGUGCCGGAAAAAAUUGCCAUUUAUCAGCAUGCUAACAAAGAGGUUGCGAUCAUUUGUAACCAUCAACGUACCGUAUCAAAGUCUCAUUCUACACAGAUGGAAAGACUUGAAACAAGAAUAAAUGAAGCCAAGGCUGAAUUGAAAGAGCUAGAGACAGAUUUGGCUCGGGCGAAAAAAGGAAAACCACCAUUGAAGGACAGUAGUGGAAAGCAAAAGAGAAACUUGAACCCAGAGGCGAUUGAGAAGAAGAUACUGUCCACAAAGACAAAAAUAGAAAAGCAUGAGCGUGAUAUGCAAAUUAAAGAGGAACUCAAAGAAGUAGCUCUGGGGACGUCAAAGAUUAACUAUCUUGAUCCACGGAUUACAGUUGCAUGGUGCAAAAGAAAUGAAGUACCCAUUGAGAAAAUCUUUAACAAGUCUUUGCUGGCUAAGUUCUCGUGGGCUAUGGACUGCGAUCCAAGUUUCAGAUUUUGACAGCCUUUCAACUUUCUCGCUUCUUCGCCAUUGCCCAUCAUCAAUAUUGGCUGGUAACGAUUUCCUUUUGGACAAAUUUCAUUUCACUUAUACCUAGCUCCUCUGGAUUCUCGUGCUGGCUGUUUUGUCCAUGAAAACUGGGUUUGCAGCUUUACCUCUCCGAGCGGCCUUUUCUUUCAUUUCUCUCUGUUGUUCUAAGACGACGAGAAACUGAGACAAUCUUCUGCUGAGUAGAGAUUUUUAGUGUUGUAAGUUACAUUAAUCAUAGAAUGUUUCAAUCCAUAAUUCAAUAUUUCAAGCAAAUGUGGCUCUAUUUGCACUAGUGAAGCUGAUAAAGCAAGUUUAGCAGAUAUGAAGCACUGCUCCCCUUUUCCCUUUUCCCUUUCCUGAGGUCUGAUCUACAAUAUUGUGUUCUUUGUGCUUUAGAUAACUAAUGUAUAGACCCUUUCAGAACUUAAUGUACAAGUGUAGGUAAGUUGAUUGCAAUUAAAUUCAAGGUAUUAAUAGAGGGGUUAAAGCUUUGUAUA